GGCGGAUUGCCUAUUCAUGAGAUUCUAGGAUUUGGCAAAGGAAAUAGCUCACGUCUCACAAGAAUGUGUCGCUUUCCUCGAUGGACACUCGUCGUGGUCGGUCUAGGGCGAAGAAAACUGGGGAUUGUCUACUCGCUGAACUCCUCAAUUCGUCUUAUUGUAUCUGAAGCAGACUCUCUCGUCUCGCCUUUUUUUUCGAUAUGGCUCUUGGGAAUGUCCAACAUGAAAGGCAGUCGCCAGAGACAUGCCCUGAAAAUGGCGAGUAUUCUUCAAAGGGCCUGGUUGCCCCCAAGUACAUGGGUACUAUCAGAGACCAACAUGAGAUGAGUUCAUUGGGCCGGGUGCAAGUCUUAAGGAGAAAUUUCAAGUUCAUUUCGAUCCUCGGAUUCGGCUGCACUUUGAUUUCCACAUGGGAGGUUAUAUUGACACUCUUGUCUAGUGGUUUGACUGAUGGAGGAACUGCCGGGUUGAUAUGGGGGUUUAUCAUCGUCACGGCAGGGUUUGCUCUUGUAUUUGCCAGCAUAGCAGAGAUGGCCUCUAUGUCUCCAACAUCGGGAGGCCAGUAUCACUGGGUAUCUGAAUUUGCUCCUCGUCAGGGCCAGAAGUUCCUGAGCUAUAUAACAGGAUGGCUGUGUGCAAUGGGUUGGCAAUGUGCUAUCGUGUCUAUAGCAUAUCUCGCAGGCACAAUCAUCCAAGGCCUGAUUGUCCUGAAUCACCCGACGUACGUCUUUGAGCGAUGGCAUGGUGCCCUACUUGUUAUAGCUAUCACGGCAUUUUCCAUCCUCUUCAACACGUUCCUCGCCAAGAACCUUCCUAUGGUGGAAGGUCUGAUCCUGAUAAUUCAUGUCGUGGGCCUGUUUGCCAUCAUCAUCCCACUCUGGGUAUUGGCUCCUCGAAACAGCGCCAAAGCCGUCUUCACUGAUUUCUACGAUGGAGGUGGAUGGGGUAGCCCCGGAACUGCUACUUUGGUUGGGUUGUCGACCACUAUCACCUCGAUGAUAGGAUAUGAUUGCUCGGUCCAUAUGUGCGAAGAAAUCAAAGACGCGUCAGAGACACUCCCGAAGGCUAUGAUGUCCGCCGUCGGAGUCAAUGGAGUCCUCGGGCUCAUCAUGGUCGUCACACUAUGCUUCACCCUUGGUGAUGUCAACGCCAUCCUCAACAGUCCAACCAAAUACCCCUUCAUCCAAAUAUUCUACAACACCACCAACAACUACGCCGCAACAAACACCAUGACAGCCAUACUAGUCAUCACGCUCACAGCCAGCACCAUCACCGAGGUAGCCACAGCAUCCCGGCAGCUGUGGUCUUUCGCGCGAGACCAAGGCCUUCCAUUCUCCUCCUUCUUUGCAUACGUAACCCCCGGCUGGAACAUCCCCUUAAAUUCCGUCCUCGUCUCCCUGGUCGUCACCGUCCUCCUAAGCCUCAUCAACAUCGGAUCCGACGUGGCUCUACUCGCCAUCAUCUCCUUAACAAUCACCUCCCUCAUGUCUGCCUAUAUCAUAUCAAUCGGCUGUAUCCUAGUCAAACGACUGCGCGGGGAAACCCUCCCACCGCGGCGCUGGUCGCUCGGCCGCUUCGGAAUGGCCAUCAACAUCGCCAGUCUGGCCUUCCUGCUGCCCAUUUUCGUGUUUUCGUUCUUUCCAUUGACGAAGCGUGUUGAUGAGCAGACGAUGAAUUGGAGUGUGGUCAUGUAUGUGGGUGUGGUUGGGUUUGCGUCGCUGUACUACAUUUUCCGCGGGAGAUAUCGGUUUGUUGCGCCGGUGGCUUUGGUUAAAAGGGAUUUUGAUAUGAGGGAUAUAUACUAGGUGGGUUUUGCUAUUUUUGUCCUUUAGCUACUAUGAAACUUGCGGGUUUUGAUUAUCAAGGAAGGGUUGAUAAGUCUCUAUUCGUCCACAGGAGCUGGUUUUCUCGAGCCAGGAACCGCAUACAUUCUGCGGGAACAAGAACAAACCACCCAU